CACCGCCUCCCCGCCCCCUCCCCUCACUCUCGCCCGGGGGCCGCCCUGACUGGCAGCCACUUCAGCGUCUGCGGGAGUGGCGCGUGAAGGAAUCGCGUCUGCGAAGCCACAUUUGCCCCCAGCGCGCAGCAGGCGAGAGAAGUGGGCAGCAGCUGCCGGGAAGCCAUCGCCGGUCGCCCGGUCGGCAUGAAAGCGAAGUCCCGCACCGAGGAUUCUCAAGGGAGACUCACCAGGUCUCGCUGACAGUGGAUAACAUCUUCGGAGAUUCCUUUUAUUAGCAAUGGAGAAAUAUGAAAAAAUCAGUAAGAUUGGGGAAGGCUCCUAUGGGAUUGUUUUCAAAUGCCGGAACAAAGACACGGGGCAAAUUGUUGCUAUCAAAAAGUUCCUGGAAUCUGAGGAUGAUCCUGUUAUUAAAAAAAUUGCACUUCGAGAGAUUCGGAUGUUAAAGCAACUGAAGCAUCCCAAUUUGGUCAAUCUUCUGGAGGUCUUCCGGAGGAAACGAAAGCUUCACUUGGUCUUUGAAUAUUGUGACCAUACAGUCCUUCAUGAGCUUGACAGGAAUCCACGUGGGGUCCCAGAACAUCUUGUGAAAAGCAUAACUUGGCAAACUCUCCAAGCAGUGAAUUUUUGUCACAAACACAAUUGCAUACACAGAGAUGUAAAACCAGAGAACAUUCUCAUAACGAAGCAUUUUGUCAUUAAGCUCUGUGACUUUGGAUUUGCUCGCUUAUUAACUGGGCCCUGUGACUACUAUACAGAUUAUGUGGCUACCAGGUGGUAUCGUUCUCCUGAGCUCCUUGUAGGUGAUACACAAUAUGGCCCUCCUGUAGACGUCUGGGCUAUAGGCUGUGUCUUUGCUGAACUUCUUUCUGGCAUCCCUCUCUGGCCUGGAAAGUCUGAUGUGGAUCAACUUUACUUAAUCAGGAGGACAUUAGGUGAUCUCAUUCCCAGGCACCAGCAAGUCUUCAGCACAAACCAGUUCUUCAGCGGGGUGAGGAUACCUGACCCAGAAAGCAUGGAGCCACUAGAAAUGAAAUUCCCCACUAUUUCCUAUGCUGCUCUGGCACUAAUGAAGGGCUGUCUCCACAUGGAUCCCACUGAAAGGUUGACCUGCGAACAGCUCCUUCAGCAUCCUUAUUUUGAUAGCAUUCGGGAGGUAGAACUUGGGAGGGAACGAGAAAGAUCCAUUACACGGAAACCAACCCGGCCACCUCGAAGGCAUGUGCCUGGGUUACAGUAUCUGCCCCAAUUAACCAGCAGCAACAUUUUACCUGCUUUGGAUAACAAGAAGUACUACUGUGGAACAAGAAAACUCAACUACCGUUUCCCAAACAUCUAAAAAAAAAAAAGGAGAUGUCACAUCUAGUCCAUUCUGUGUCUUCUUGUAUUCCCAACUAUGAAAAAAAACAACCUUGGAAGACAAUUACAGUAUCUACACUGGCAUCAGCUAAAGCAAACCAUAAUGUUCUGGCUGAAAAGUGACAAACCUUGGGAAGGAAAUAUGUGUCGAAUGCGCAAAAAGACACACACACACAAAAUGUGUCAACGAAAGGUUUGAAAUAAUUUAUCAGAGUUCAUCAGGAAAAUGGUAUUUGGGCCUCUUGAAAAAUUGUUCUCUCUAACUUGUAAUUUAUACUUUGUGAGGCAAGAAUUCUUGCCCUCUGCUGCAGCGGGAAUUGGUGGAGGAGAUCCAUACAUGCCAAAUAUAUUUCAUUCACAAAAUCCCCUUGUGUCAAAGCAGGAGAGAACCCCGGGUCUUAUACUAGAGAUGUAGCUAGUUUCCUUGGCAGGCUGAACCUGCAGGCUCUUUGUGCAAGCAGGGUGGAGGGUUGGCUUUGGAGGUUACAGACGAGAACCAGAAAUGCCUGGAUUCGAACUUUUUCUUUGUCCCUGUUUUUGCAACAAAAUGUAAAGAAGAUCUUUAAUUAAACAUUUUGUUUCUUUCAAUUGUAAUCAAUGUUAUUUUUACCUAGAAUAACUAGAAAUAAAAUAAAAUUUUAAUAUGUA